UGUUCGUUGCUCGCUCCACUCGCGUGUCUCGUUCGACAACAAGCUUGUACUUCUUCACUUUUUGUGUCUAUGGUCCAUUUUGACAGUUCGUAUUUCUAGCGUUGUCGUAUUUAUUUCGCUGGACUAUACACAAGUUUAAUUAAUUGACUUCUCAAUUAGUUCGUAAAUUAUCAACUGAGAGUUUAUCAGCCGAUAAGAAUCCCAUUUCGAAUGUAAAUAAUAAACAACGCAGCAUGGAAUGUUGGCUAGACUGUCUGAAAAUUCUGCCAUCGAACAGGUGUUUUUGAAUGAAAUGUGUGUUGCUGUUCCCACCGUAAUUAAUUUAUAGUGCCGUGAAUAAUACACAAGUGUAUCGAUCGACAACAUAAUAGAAUCCUGUGGCCCUUUUCAUUUUACCGACGCUUUCUCGCGUAUCAACAGUAGGCUGAUAACAGGAGACGCCACUUCGCUCGAUUGUAUUGACUUCAGGCCUGCAAUGUUUCACAAAACUGGCUCCAGAUAGAGGUUUGGGAACGGAGUCAUGAGCGAACAAUUACUCGAUCGAUAGGACAUGAGGGGAAGAAGGUGAGUGGAAGUCGUGGCGAGCAUGCCGCACCAGUUCGGGAGCGGCGCGGGUGGCAUGGCGGCGGGCGGGCCGUCGCCGCCGCCGCAGCACGGCGCGCUGUUCCCGCGCUAUGCCAGCGCCGCCGGUCCCGGCGCCGGCGCCUACCGCCCCGAGGAGCGGAGGCUCACGCGCGAAGCUAUGGAGCGAUACCUCCGCGAUCGCUCCGACAUGGUUGUCGUUAUCCUACAUGCUAAAGUUGCGCAGAAAUCCUAUGGUAACGAGAAACGGUUCUUCUGUCCACCUCCAUGUAUUUAUUUGUUUGGAGAUGGUUGGCGGCUCCGUCGCGAGCGCAUGCUGCGGGAAGGCGAGACGGAGCAGGCUGCUCAGCUGUGUGCCUUCAUUGGUAUCGGUAACUCUGAUCAAGACAUGCAGCAGUUAGACCUGAACAAUGGAAAACAAUACUGUGCUGCUAAAACCCUGUACAUAUCAGACUCAGAUAAGAGGAAGCAUUUCAUGUUGUCAGUCAAGAUGUUUUAUGGUAAUGGUCAUGAUAUUGGUAUAUUCAAUAGUAAAAGAAUAAAAGUUAUAUCAAAGCCUUCAAAGAAGAAACAGUCACUGAAGAAUGCUGAUUUAUGUAUUGCAAGUGGAACAAAAGUUGCCCUAUUCAAUAGGCUCAGGUCACAAACUGUAUCCACAAGGUAUCUCCAUGUGGAGAAUGGGAAUUUUCAUGCAUCAUCUACCCAGUGGGGUGCUUUUACAAUCCAUUUGUUAGAUGACAAUGAGAGUGAGUCAGAGGAGUUUGCCGUGAGAGAUGGUUAUGUGCAUUACGGCUCAACAGUGAAGCUGGUGUGCUCAGUGACAGGCAUGGCUCUACCAAGGCUAAUUAUCAGAAAGGUGGACAAACAAAUGGCUCUUCUAGAAGCAGAUGAUCCGGUUUCACAACUACACAAAUGUGCAUUCUACAUGAAGGACACAGAACGCAUGUACCUCUGCCUAUCUCAGGAGCGCAUCAUACAGUUUCAAGCCACACCAUGUCCGAAGGAGCCAAAUAAGGAAAUGAUAAAUGACGGAGCCUGCUGGACUAUCAUUAGUACAGAUAAAGCUGAAUACCAGUUUUAUGAGGGCAUGGGACCUGUCAGGAACCCAGUUACCCCUGUUCCCUUAGUCCACUCGCUAAACCUAAACGGUGGAGGUGACGUAGCUAUGCUAGAGCUGGCUGGCGACAACUUCACGCCGUCGCUGCAAGUGUGGUUUGGAGAUGUUGAAGCCGAAACUAUGUAUAGGUGUGCGGAGUCUAUGUUGUGCGUGGUGCCGGAUAUAUCGCAGUUUAGAGGGCAGUGGUUGUGGGUACGGCAGCCCACACAGGUGCCAGUUUCGUUGGUAAGAAAUGACGGGAUCAUAUACGCUACUGGCCUAACGUUCACGUACACACCUGAACCAGGCCCAAGGCCUGUUUGUGCACCUGUCGACGAUGUCAUGAGGCCCGAACAAUCGGGAGCGUGGCACCACGAGCCUCAUAAUAGCCACAGACUGCCAGACAACACUCUGCAAUAGCCAAUGGACUGCAGACUGGACGACAGUCUGCAGUGACCCUAAAUGAUCAACACGCACACACAAAGGUACAGUUGGUGUGAAACAAAGAUGACACCAAAGAAUCAGUGUCUACAAAGAAAUAAGCGCUUAUUGAGGACAUUAGAAUUAAGAAGUGACUUUGCUGGCGAAGUUUAGUGAAGUUUGGUGAGUGAAAGACAUUUUUGUAAUUAGUUCAAUAGUGCCUAAUGUCUGGUCCGUAUAGUGUGAUCCUGUAGUCUGCCUUUCGGCAGAAAUUUGAGGAUUGUGAUAGUUUGUUACAAUUUGUAAAAAAAUCUUCAUAUACGGCCAAUGCUGAGGAAGCUACAAAUCACAAAUUGGCAACCUUAAUCUCAUUUUCUAUUACACGAAGUUGUAACACAUUUACAUAAAUAUCGCAAAAAAACAGGGCAAUCUCUGAUUCGUCACUUUCUCUCUAUAGUCCAUUGUGCAGCAAUCUCCCACACAAUAAUGAGGAGAAAUAAUUUUGAGUAACAUUAAGUUAAAAUAUCAAGGAUCGUACUAAAGAGCUUUUAUAAGCAAGAAAGUGCCACUGUCAAUUGCUUUGUUUAAAAGUAUGUAAUACAUUGCGAAACUACGAAAUUAGAAGGUGUUGUGCCUAAAUAAAAUUGUUGUAAUAAAUUUAUGUUUAUGCUCGAGAUUAAGAAUACACCAGAAUAUAAAUAAGGCCCUAGCAGGGACCUUGGUGAACUCUAUGAGUUGAUACUCAUGAAAUAAUACUUGCAAUAAGCGACGUUCCUAUAAAUCAGGCAUUUCAAUCUGAUUAAUUUCAAAAUUCGUCCGUUUUUUCUUAUCAUUCGGUUUUGUUUUGUAUUUUUAAAUGAAAUAAAAUUGGAUAUUAAAAAAAAUCACAGAUCUCUACACGGAAACUUGCCUCUUUUGAUGAUCUAAAAGAUACAUUCGAUAUUUUUAUUUUUAAUCAAUCAUUAAUGAUAAUGCAAAUAAUUGCUUAAGGUUUUAUCAGCAAAUAAGUUCCUUUUCAUCAGCAUUUAAUUUUCGACUUUACAUUUACAUUAAUAAGAAAAUUCAUAAAGAUAAAAGAUCUCUGCAGUAAGAUUUGUUUCUUCGGGGCCAAAUAGCUGUAAAAUCCAUGACAAGUCAUUGUUUAUACUACAAUGUUUUAGUGUUAGUAAGUUUUAUCUUGGUUUGACGAUUUUUCAUGAGUGAAUUGAGAUUAAAAAUAAGACGUUAAGUAUAUAUUCAUCGAAAAGACAGAAUUAAUUUUCGUGUUGUUUUACAUUUAUUUGAUUACGUUUGGGAUCUAUUUGGGAGCAAAUAUUUGCUCCGAUUAUGCCGAAUAUACACAAAUAUAUAUUUCCGUGUGACGUGAGAGGUCCGAUACAUAAUGCGAACUAGCGUUGUCCGUUAUCGCUGUACGUAUGUAUAUUUACCGAAAUAUUAAAUGAACAAGUUAGAUAAGUAGCAUUUAGUCCAUAGUACACUUUUUAUGAUUGUCGAAAGAUUAUAAUGAAAUUCUAUUUAUUUUACGCAAAAUCUAGUAUAGGAAAUUUAUUUUUGGUCAUUAACGGUGUGUAUUAUUAAUAAAAGUGUGAUUUCAAACAUUCCAAGCGGAAACUGUAAUGAGAAGUACAAAAAAUAACAAUAUUUUUGUAGCUACAAAUUUAAUUGCGAAUUAUUGAAUCGGUAAAAGUUACAGUAUUACAAUGAAAUUAGUAUUAAAUUCGGUAUACACCGCAAUUAUUGUCAAUUUAGUAAAAAAUACCAACCGUCAUUUUAAAGACAUACUCGUGAAUUUUUAUCAG